UCAACAGAAUAGAAAAAAAAAAGAAAUAAAAAAAGAAAAAUGCGGAACUCAGUGGUAGCGUAUAGCUUCCGCCAUUUUCCCCCUUUAAUGCACCGUUCAGUCCCCUUGUUCUGCCUUCAACGUUGCCUCAACCGUCAUCCGCUACCUUCACCAUCCACCCUUCUCUUCAAAACCUCUUCAUCUUCAUCAUCUUGCGCUCUUCUAAAUCCAUUCAAUUUCACGGGUAAUUCUCUGUUUCGUAAGAUGGAGCGAUACUGGUCAGGAAGUAGUGUCAACAAGAACAAAGGCAUGGUGGAGCAUUUGCAACGUUACGGAGUCAUUCAGUCUAAAAAAGUGGCUGAAGUAAUGGAGACUGUUGAUCGGGCGUUGUUUGUACCCGAUGGAUCCUCAGCCUAUGAAGACAGUCCCAUGUCAAUAGGUUUUAAUGCCACAAUUUCUGCACCUCAUAUGCAUGCUACUUGUCUUCAGCUAUUGGAGAAACACUUACAGCCCGGGAUGCAUGCUUUAGAUGUUGGUUCAGGAACGGGGUACUUGACGGCAUGUUUUGCACUUAUGGUUGGCCCACAGGGGCGCGCAAUUGGCGUUGAGCAUAUUCCCGAGCUGGUUGCAAUGUCUCUUAAGAAUGUUGAAAAAAGUGCAGCUGCUCCAUUACUCAAAGAUGGAUCUCUUGCCUUACAUGUUGGUGAUGGCAGAGAAGGGUGGCCAGAGUUUGCUCCUUAUGAUGCUAUUCAUGUUGGGGCAGCGGCUCCGGAAAUUCCAAAGCCACUUAUAGAACAGCUGAAACCAGGGGGAAGGUUGGUUAUACCAGUCGGUAACAUAUUUCAGGAACUGAAAGUUGUUGACAAAAACGAGGAUGGUUCUGUGACUGUUCGUACCGAGACUUCAGUACGUUAUGUUCCUCUCACGAGUAGGGAAUCCCAGUUACGUGGCUACUGAGAGGUUGUUGAUGAAGUUCAAACAUUGUAAAGUUGUUUGUUUCGCUAUUUGUUAAUCAUGUGACUAAAUCGGCUUGUGUGUUUUAAGCGCAUUACAUAUAAUACUUGUAUAGACCCUUUUCCCUAUCAUGUAAAAUUCGUGCAGUUAUUACCAGUUAUGAAUGCACGGAAUCACAGACAGUUGGCGGUUGGUCAA